CAUGUCCACAAGCCACCUGCACAUCUACCGCCAGCUCCUGCGCGAAGUCAACAAGCAAUUCACAUCGGUCAGCCAGAACCGCUUCUGGGCCACCCAGCUGCGCCUCAAAUGGUCCGCCACCCCCGACCUCCAAAAGGCCCAAACCGUGCUUACCUACCUGACGAAUAACCGCAGGUACAAAGAGCUACUCGACGAAUUCCAGCCCAAGAUGCCCGAAAGCGACCGCAUCACCAAGACUGCCAACCGCGUCGGCCUGGAGAUCCCCAAGUCAUACAGCGAAUAAAUGCCAGAACCAUUUUCCCACCGAUCUUGCUUACAUAUUUGGCUUCUUGAACAAAUAGAUCUUGAAAUCCAUUAAAAAUAUCGUUAUUUUUAUCUUUACUUCUUUACCUAUAUAUAAG